AUGUAUUCGGCCAUCUUCAACACCUUCUUCAAGAGAAAUGCAGCAUUCGUUGGAACCGUGUUUGCAGGUACAUUUGUGUUUCAGGCGUACUUUGAUGCUGCUGUGACCAAGUGGUACGAAAACAGAAACAAGGGCAAGCUGUGGAAGGACGUCAAGCUCCAAUUGCAAGCUGGUGACGAUGAAGAUGAAGACGACGAUCAACAUCCAAUUACCCCGAUUACUGACUCAGAACGCAAAGCGUCUCAAGAUCAUUAG